AUGGAUGGAACCGCCACAUUCGGCAGUGCCGCGCAAAGCGCAUCGCCGAGCAACAACCCGGCUGUAGCGCAACCAUCGCAAGAUUCCGAGAAUCAGUCAACUGCCCCAAAGGCGCCCGAAGAUGUCCAGAUGUCAGACGGGAUAUCAACCGAUCCGCCCAUCAAGCAAGAUAGCACAACCCCCGCCCCUCCCCCAACGGCAGAAAACCCAAUCGAUGCGCCGGAGGGCCCCCCGGCUGAGACCACGGUCGCUCGUGAAGAUGAAGAGAUGCGCGAUAGCCAGGGCAUGUCGACCGAUGCACAGCCUAAAGAUGGUGAGGCGCCUGCAAAUGGCGCAGGCCAAGAAUCCAAGUCCAAGGAGACUCUGGAGAACGCGGCGCGCGAGCAUUUGAUAUCGCAGACCUAUGCUAUAGUUCUCCCGAGCUACGCUGUCUGGUUUGACAUGAACGCUAUCAAUAACAUCGAGAAGAAGGCGCUCCCUGAAUUCUUCAACAGCCGGAAUCGCAGCAAAACCCCCGCUGUGUACAAGGACUACCGCGACUUUAUGAUCAACACAUAUCGUCUUAACCCAGCCGAGUAUCUCACCGUCACAGCUUGCAGGCGCAAUCUGGCCGGUGACGUGUGCGCCAUCAUGAGGGUGCAUGCAUUUUUAGAGCAGUGGGGACUUAUCAACUACCAGGUUGAUGCAGAGCAAAGACCAGCGCCGGUGGGACCUCCAUUCACUGGACACUUCAGGGUCAUUUGCGACACCCCACGAGGUCUGCAGCCGUGGCAGCCCGCUGCAGACCCUGUCUUGCUCCAAGGGAAAGCAAGUGGUCAAACAGAUGCCAAAGCGGCUGCUGCGCCUGCACCAAAGACCGAGCUCAACCUCGAAGUUGGCCGCAACAUAUACGAGGCGAACGCAAAGGGCACAAAGCUCACCUCCAGUGACAACAAGACCAACGGCGAUGUUCCUACCACUAACGGCACACCUGCUGGCGCUGCUAGUUCCGCCACUGAUGGCCUCACCAAGGCCCCAAUCUCAAAGGUCACAUGCUUUACCUGCGGGAAGGAUUGCACCCGGGAGUAUUACCACAAGGUGCAAACCGAAGGCGGCGCCAACGUCCCCAAGCGAGAGUUGUGCCCUGGAUGCUAUGCGAGCUCAAGAAUGGAUGCGAAGGAAGACAACAUGGGCUAUGAAAAGAUGGAGAACCCUCAGUAUCCCACUGCCGUGGAUCGUGAGGCACCAUGGACCGAUGAGGAGACUGUUAGGCUCUUGGAGGCGCUGCAAAAAUACGACGAGGACUGGGAUGAGAUUGCAAAUCACGUUGGUACGAGGACGCGCGAGGAAUGUGCACUCCACUUCCUCCAGCUGGAUAUCGAAGACAAGUAUCUCGAUACCGAACCGCUGCAAGCAAAUGUCCCAACGGGAUUCCCCACCAUUGGCAAUGAUAAGCUCUUGCCAUUCUCUCACGCCGACAACCCCGUCUUGUCGGUAGUUGCGUUUUUGGCAACGCUGGCUGAUCCUGCCAGCGUGGCUUCCGCUGCUGGCCGCUCCUAUGAGGAUCUCACAAAGGCACUCAGGAAGCAGCUCGAACUUGGCGACUCAUCGCAAACGAACGGAAAGGGCAAGGAGAAGGAUGGCGACAGCAUGGACGUCGAUAUUCAGCAGGAGACCACAACGACGACAACCACUACGACCACGACGACCAAGACCACUAUCCAGGGCCUUGCUGGAAUUCCUCUAGCUGCUACUGCCUCUCGGGCCGGUGGUCUUGCAUCUCACGAGGAGAGGGAGAUGACACGCUUGGUCUCGGCUGCGGUGAAUGUCAUGCUGCAAAAGGUAGACAUGAAGUUGAAGUUCUUCAACGACAUGGAAGCUGUGCUGCAGGCUGAGAGGCGGGAGCUUGAAAGGGCGCGUCAGCAGUUGUACCUUGACCGUCUGGCUUUUAGGCGGCGGGUGCGCGAAGUCCAGGAUGGCCUCAAGGCGGCCGUUGCAACUGGUGGUGAGCAAGGCCUCCGGAUGGCACAAGAUGUGGCCAUGGAUGGCGAGCGUCUCAGCUUCCAGGCCCCGCCUGAUGCCGGCGCUGUUCAGCCUUUGAGUGCUGAGGGUCCGAUCAAGACAUUUGAGGCCUAG